AUGCAUAUCACAUCCCUCCUCACCGCCUCCCUGGCCGUGGCCUCCGUCCCGGGCGUCAUGGGCUACCCCGGCAUGGGCGAGCAGAUGGCCGAAAUCAAGGCGCGCACGAGCAACUCGGGCGAGUCCAACGAGCUCCUCGGCGACCUCGUCACGCUCAAGGACCGCGACCUCAGCAACGUCGGCAAGGACGUCAAGAAGCUACUCCAGGGCAAGGGCAGCGCGCAGUCGGACGAGCGGUACAUCAGCGUGCCGGACCUGACGUCGGACAAGUGCAAGAAGGACACGUGCUGCGUCUGGCGGUACGUCGCCGACGACAUGUACAAGUUCAUGGCCGGGUCGUCGGGCCGCUGCACGAGCCUGGCGCGCGGCGCCGUCCGUCUCGGCUUCCACGACGCCGGGACCUGGUCCAAGGCCACGGCCAGCCAGGGCGGCGGCGCCGACGGCAGCAUCCUGCUGGCCCCCGGCGAGAUCGACCGCUUCGAGAACCGCGGCCUCCAGGAGGUCGCCGCCAAGUUCAACGAGCUGUACGGCAAGUACAAGGGCUUGGGCUGGAACAUUGGCAUGGGCGACUUCAUCCAGAUGGGCGCCAACGUCGCCGCCGUGGUCUGCCCCCUCGGCCCGCGCAUCAAGACCUACGUCGGCCGCAAGGACAGCUCGGCGCCGGCCCCGACCGGCCUCCUCCCCAGCCCCUUCCAGCCGGCCGACCAGCUGAUCCAGCUCUUCCGCGACAAGACCAUCGCCCCCCACGGCCUCGUCGCCCUGCUCGGCGCGCACACCACCAGCCAGCAGCAGUUCGUCAACACGACCCGCGCCGGCGACCCCCAGGACAGCACCCCGGGCGUGUGGGACGUCCUGUACUACAAGGAGACGCUCAGCCCCAACUCCCCUCCCCGCGUGUUCAAGUUCCCCAGCGACGUCUCCAUCUCGCAGCACCCCGAGACCUCCAAGGAGUUCAAGGAGUUUGCCGGAAUCGGCGGCCAGCAGCACUGGAACGAGGACUACGCACGCGAAUACAUCCGCCUCUCGCUCCUGGGCGUCAACAACAUCAACCAGCUGGUCGAGUGCACCAAGGUGCUGCCACCCGCCGUCAAGGGCUUCCGCGCCGUCGACCAGUACAAGCUCGACAAGUGGCUCAACAGCGUCGGCAACAAGGGCGCCGCCAAGAAGGUCGCCGAGGACAUCGCCAAGGGCGACCCGGUCUCCGUCGAGGUGCCCCCCGUCAACACGAACUAG